CCCUGGGAAUUAGGAAGCAGAAGAAUGGGACUCCACAGUUGCAAUCUGAAACCUUUCUCUCUAUGAAACCAGAAACAGAUUAUUUAACCAUUAAUAAUUAAUCAUGUAUUCCUUCACUGUGAAACCCUUCUUCGUACCUUACUUUAUUUCUUCUUCUUCUUCUUCCUCUUCAACUUCUACUUCCUCCUCUUCAAUUUCUCUCGCCUCCUUCUCAUCUCGUUCUCUCUCAUCAAUUAGCUUUCCCAGAAAUUCAAAGUACAGAGGAAGGUUUGGUCUGAAAGUUGAAGCUUAUGAUUCCUCCAACAACGACGCUUCUAACCCUGCAAGUGCUGGCGACUCCAAACCCCCUAAUGGCACUUUGUCAAAGAGCAGGAGAGAAAUUUUACUGGAAUAUGUUAAGAACGUGCAGCCAGAAUUUAUGGAAUUGUUUGUGAAAAGAGCGCCUCAACAGGUUGUGGAUGCAAUGCGCCAAACAGUGACAAAUAUGAUUGGAACACUGCCCCCUCAAUUUUUUGCUGUAACAAUUACCACUGUAGCUGAAAAUCUUGCGCAGCUCAUGUACAGUGUCAUAAUGACUGGAUACAUGUUCAGGAAUGCACAAUACCGUUUGGAGUUGCAAGAAGGUUUGGAACAAGUUGCUGCCCUGCCAGACGUACAAGAUAAAAAGGAUGUGCCAGAUUAUGCCCCUGGCACACAAAAAAAUGUUUCAGGUGAAGUUAUUCGGUGGAAUAAUGUUUCUGGGCCUGAGAAAAUAGAUGCUAAAAAGUACAUUGAAUUACUUGAAGCGGAGAUUGAGGAGCUGAAUCGUCAAGUUGGAAGACAAUCUAGCAAUGCACAAAAUGAACUAUUAGAAUACCUAAAAUCUCUCGAGCCUCGAAAUUUGAAGGAGUUGACUAGUAGUGCUGGUGAGGAUGUAGUGUUUGCUAUGAAUACGUUUAUAAAACGUCUGCUGGCUGUUUCAGAUCCUAGCCAAAUGAAGACUAGCGUGACGGAGACUAGUGCAGCUGAACUUGCUAAGCUGCUUUAUUGGUUGAUGGUGGUUGGGUACAGCAUUCGCAAUAUUGAAGUUCGUUUUGAUAUGGAAAGAGUACUUGGCACUUCUCCAAAGCUGGCUGAAUUGCCACCAGGUGAAAACGUUUAAGCAAUCUUGAAUAAAGUAGGUCAUUGAAGUACUAAUGUCCGCAAGUUCUAAGUGGACUAUUUAGAUUUUGCACUUUUUUGGUUGAUUGGCUGAAUGAAUGGCCACGACCUAAAAGAGAAGUCUGCAUUUUUCAGCGGCCUUGAAUGAUUGGUCUCCUAAUAUAUUAUUUAAUAUAUCUGAUGAACAACUUUUUUUCUCUGGGCACUAUGAAACUCUUAUUCGCAAUCAUACUGACAACGAUAUCAGGGUUGAUUUCCCUUAA